CGCAAAUUGAUUUGGCCAAUCCAAAUCCUCCGUCAAAUCACAAGCCAAUCAAAUCGCAAGCAUUUCUCGAUUAGCGCCAAAAUCGUUUGAUAUCAACAUGGAGAUUGUGGAGCUAGAUGCAACAUCCAUCGCAAGUGUGCGGCUGCUGAACCUGGCGGCGCUGCCAAUUCCAGUGCAAGAACAUAUCUACCGAGAGGCUCUGACGCCACCGAUCCUCAGCUGGGUCGCCCUAAGAGACGGCAAAGUCCUUGGCGCUGCCUUGGUGCACGACGACGGCGGCCAAGCAGGUGGUCUGUGCUUGCGGACGAUCGCUGUGGAUAUUCGUGCGCGGGGACAAGGCAUCGGUCGUUUGCUCCUCGAAAAGGUCGUGGAACAUGCCUCGUCCAUGAUGCCCAAGAAGAAGCUGUACCUGCAUGUCCAGGUUGACAAUGACGAUGCGAUCCGUCUAUACCAGAGGCUCGGGUUCUCCGUCGAACAGCGCGUGGCCAACUACUACCGCCGCGUUGCUUGUGUCGACUGCUUCGUCAUGGCCCUCGUCUUCCCAGUUCUUCGUACCCCCACCACACCACCAUCUUGAAAGACUACUAGGAUCACUAUUACGAUACAGUAUUACACGACUGAACUUAAAAACGGCGUUGGACGUGGCUCAUAAAUUCGGAUCGGGUGCGCGGGUCCGACUGGAAGUUGCCCAGCACGCAGCUGGUCACAGUCGACGCGCCACUCUUUUCGACACCACGCAUGCACAUGCACAUGUGGGAGGCUUCGAUCACGACCCCCACGCCCAAUGCGCCCACCGCUUCCAUCAGGCCUCGCGCGAUCUCGUUGGUCAGGCGCUCCUGGACUUGCAAGCGGCGCGCAAACACAUCCGAAAUGCGCGCGAGUUUACUCAAGCCGAGCACUUUGCCGUUGGGGAUGUACCCGAUGUGCACUUUGCCCACGAAUGGCACAAUGUGGUGUUCGCACAGCGAGUACAGCUCGAUGUCGCGCACAAUGACCAUUUCCGAGUAAUCUUCCGUAAACACCGCUUCGUUGAGGACGUCCGACAGUUGCUGGGAGUAGCCCUUCGUGCAAUACAUGAGAGCCUUGGCCAUGCGCAUGGGGGUCUUGAGGAGACCUUCGCGCGUGACGUCUUCGCCCAUGCACUCCAAGAGGACUUUGACGGCCGCCGCCAUCUUCUCGAGCUUCUCCGUGUCAUUCGUAAAGUCGUCUUUCACGCGGUUGUACUUGUUCUUGGACAGCGUGGUCGUCGCGUGGGUGGUGGCGGGGUCGUCUUGAGGGGCCAUGGUAGUCUUUGCUUGUGGAGGUGGCGGCAACUUGGAAAGUGCGUCGACGGGCGGGGUAAAGGAGUCGAACGUCGGCAGUUUUCGAUUGUCCAGGCAAGUCCUACCACGUCG